AUGUGCAGAGAGGUCGACAGAGGCUUUCCGGAGUUUGUGGGAAUCCGGCGUGAGCCACCAGCCCUAGGUCACACAGGCCUCGGGUCAGCACCGAGUUGGCCAGAAAAGGCCGAAGAUGCUUGGCGGGAACGACACUGGAUUGAGCCGGUAGCUGCAACGCAAGUACAUCCUCCCGCGCGAGAAGUAGGUGUCAGGCAGGCGAUUCCAAGCCCCUUUCCCCAGGCCAAUCAACGAAUCAAGGCGGCAGUGCCGGAGCUCCCUGUGGCUGAAAACAUCGACCGAGACGUCUUCCUGGCCAUGGGCUGCAAGGCCCCGCAGCCUCGCGACAUCGCCCUGCCCUACGACAGGCAGAUGCCGGCACCUCUGGGAGCAGGGCCUCUCAUGGCACCGGCGCUCCCUGAACGUUGUGCAGGCACGCAGCCGCAGCUUUCCGAGCCCAAGGAAUUCGGCGUUGGCGUCUUCCAAGCACCGGCCAGGCAUGUGCAGCAGACCACCUCUCCUCUGCUGCCGAAGCGGAGCGACGUACCUCAAAUGGCGAUCAGAGGUUGCGAAUGGCUGGAGCCUGUGACGGGAGCGGCGGCCGAACCCGUGCAGCAGAGCGCAGCGCCUCCCUACCUUCCUGGACGGCCUGGCCAGGCACUGUUGGGGGAGGAACCACGCGAAUUUGAUCCGGAUGUUUUGUGGGCAAAGUGA